GGCUGCCAUCGGCACCGGCGGCAUCACCGCCACCACCGCCACCAUCGGCACCGGCGGCACCGGCGGCAUGGCCCUGCGGGCGCUGUGGCUCCUCAGGCACGACCCCGCGGCCGGCGGCGCCGUGCUCUUCUCCAGGCGCUACCCCACGGUGGAGCUGCGCGCCGAGACCUUCAACGGCUCCGCGCGCGUCCCCAUCCCCUCGGACAGCGCCUUCCUCAAGGCCCUGCUCCUGGAGCUGAAGCUGGAGGACGAGCACCUCUUUGUGGAGCACAGGGACACCUGCACCAGGAUCAGCCACUCCUGCGUGCACUCCGUGCCCACCGCCGCCGGCGAGCUCUGGCCCGUGCUGGCCUUCCACAAGAGCGGCCUCAUCUACGCCUGCGUGCCGCUGGUGGAGGGCAGCCUGGAGCCGCGGCCGGCCCUGCUCACCGUCACAGGGCUCUCCCAGGGACUGGCUCUGCUGCUGGGCAUCAUGGACUACGUCUCUCCCAGCCGCAAGAACGAGGCUGAGCUGAGCAGCAAGGUGGGGCAGCUCCGGACUCUGCUGAUCCAGGCCUGUCCCCUGGGCACCCCCCUGAACACCAACAUCCGCAGCCUCAGCAGCUCCUUCGAGGACAUCCAGGAGAUGCCUGCGGACAAGGAGCAGCCAGCCUGGAGAUCCAGCAGCUACAAGGGCAAACCCCAGGUCAAUGUCUGCAUCGCUGAGAAGGUCAAGUGUAUGCAGUAUGACCAGAGGGAUGCAGUGGACACGUGGCAAGUUUAUGGAGCUGUGAACUGCAAGUGUGACAUCGAGGGAUGUGCACCAAACGUCACCCUGAGCCUGACGCUGCCCAGCAACGCUCCCCCGCUCCAGGACAUCGUGGUCCAUCACUGUGUCACCUCCGUGGACCCUGCCAUGCUGCUGUCCACCAGUGCUGAGCCCCUGCACGACUCUGUGUACAAUGGGCCCUACAAAUUCCCUUUCAUUCCUCCUUCAGAUUCCUUUGACCUGUGCUACUACACUUCCCAGAAUGAAUAUAGUUUUUCCCAGGUUCCUGUUCCACCAAUUUUGGGAUGUUACCAGCUCGUUGAAGAGGGAUCACAGAUAAAAAUAACAGUUAACUUAAAGCUCCAUGAAAGCAUAAAGAAUUCUUUUGAGUACUGUGAAGCUCGUAUACCUUUCUUCAACAGGGGCCCCAUUGCUCAGUUAGAGCACAAAGUCAGUUAUGGCCAGCUGGAUUUGUUCAGGGAGAAAAGCCUCCUGGUUUGGGUCAUUGGACAGAAGUUCCCCAAAUCUUUGGAGGUUUCCCUGACUGGAACUCUGUCUUUUGGCACCGCGGGCAAAGAGCACCCGACUGAUUAUGUGUGCACUGGGAACACUGCUUAUGUCAAACUGUAUUUUAGGAUCCCAGACUUCACACUUACUGGAUGUUACGUAGACCAGCAUUCUGUUCAGAUCUUUGUUCCAGGGAAGCCCAAAAUUACUGCAUCCCGGGAAUUGAUUUCUUCUGAUUACUACAUCUGGAAUUCCAAAGCACCAGCACCUAUGGUAUUCAAACCCUUACUGGACUAAUGUACUUGGGAAUAAUUUAAAUAUUUAAACAAAGCACAGUGUUAAUAAGAUUUAUGUCAUGAUGCAGUAAAAUAAAUGUUCUUCAGCA